AUGGCCUCCCAUGUCAAGCCUCUCGUCCUACAUGCCCAUGCCUCAGGGCCAAAUCCAGUCAAAAUUGCCAUGGCGCUCGAGGCACUCCAAGUCCCAUUCGAAGUGAAGCAAUGGGACUUCAGCGACAACCCGAAAAGCGGCGUAAAGGGUGCAGAGUUCCUCAAAAUCAACGAGAACGGGCGCGUUCCUGCAAUCGAAGAUCCAAACACCGGUGUCGUCUCGUGGGAAUCCGGGGCUUGCAUGAACUACGUCCGCCGUGUGUAUGACAAGGGUAACACGAUCGGGCCGUCGGGCGACUCGGCGCAAGAUCUCGUAGAUUUCGAAAAGUGGGAGUAUUUCCUGUUGUCGACGCUUGGCCCAAUGACCGGGCAAACGAAUUGGUUUAAACAUUUUCAUUCACAGAAGAAUGAAGAUGCACUGCAACGAUAUACGGCCCAAACCUAUCGUUGCUAUGAUGUUCUCGAGGGACACUUAAAGAAGACUGGUGGUGAGAGCAUUGUGCCCAGUCGUGUUAGUGCCGUUGAUUAUCAUUUCGAGCCUUGGGUGCGCCUGUAUUCUUUUGCUGGCCUUUCGCUUGACAACUAUCCUAUGAUCAAGAAGUGGCUUGGACUCAUGGCUGCGCGGGAAGAGGUUCAGGAGGCAUACAUCAAGAUUCAAGGUAAAAAGUGA